GUCGCGAUGUAAAGCGAGUAAUUGAGCGAAAUUCCGGACGCAAAAUUGCCCUUAGACCGCGAUCGUCUCUUGUGUAGCUGGACGUUCAGUCUGAUGCGAAAAAUGCACCUAUGUCACAGCCCCCUCGAGUGGACGCCGAAAUGACAUCGGUACUGUUUCAAAAAAUAAUGAAUAUCGAGUGUUUAUUUCAAUCGAUGUGUGAGCAAGGACUACAAGAAGGAACGUGUUUCCAUCGACGGAAAAGAAAUAAAGGAUGGACGGCGUGGCGGAGCAGUUUGGAAAGGGUCUGGCAGACCUCGCGGCCCUACUGGAAACAAAGCUCGAUGCGAAGCUGGCGGAGCAUCUCGGUCGGUUCGAAGGCGAGAUCUCGGGGCGGCUGGAAAAAACCGCGAAGGCGAUAGCCGACCGAGAGCAUGAGCAGCUGGAAAUUUCGGUGCGCGGGUUUUUUAAUUUGUUCAUGUCUGUUUACUGAAAUGGAACUGGUGUUGGGUGCUGGAAGAAGUUUUCCUCCUGUGCGUCGUACGUCCGGCGUUUCAUGCGUGUAAACUGGUAGUCGUAGUAUACAUAGGUCCCAUGUGCUGGACCUAAAAAUUCUGCUCCUUGUCAUAAUGUGGGUGGCCGCGGAAUUGAGUACUGAGUUCGAGGUAUGUGCAUUGACGUACUUUGUACCGUGCUAAGAAAAAUCCAAGAAAUUAUCUCAAUUAAUUUACAACGUCCGCUGCCACAGCAACGCGCCAUCGUGGACGAAGUGUUUGAGCCCCUGAAAGAAGACUUGGAGCAGACAAAGGAGGUGCUGAAGCAGGAGAGCAUGCUGGUCGUGGAGAAGGUGUGUGAGAAGCUCGACAGUGUGCAGGCGGAGUAUCAAAUGUAAAAAUGUCUGGGUCUGGAAGAAUGCUUGUGAUGCCGGUUUUCCAUGACCCAUGAGGUCUGGAAUGCGAGACCCAGCAUGACAGAUUUUUGAGGUCUCUAUCAUGCCUUUCCUGCAUGAGAAACUCCCUCUCAACUUGGUCAAAAGCGGACAGCUUUUGGUACUCACGCAACACAGAUUUUUGCAUCCUUCGGAUUUAGCAUGACAAGUUCAAAAAAGGGUCGUAAAAAAAGGGUCGUAAAAGAUUAAAGGGUCGUAAAAAAUAUGGGAAAAAAUCGGUCGUCGUUUUUCGUUCACAAGUCGGUACAUGAUGUAGAUGCAUUCUAAUGACCCUCUUCUGCGACGCGUGUUUUUCGUCAUUGCCUGCGACUGGCUGUAAGUUGUGUAUCAGGUUGUUGUAUGGAAAAGCAGGCAGGAAACAAUGAAAAAGAACAGGAUGCGAGCGCCUCCUCGUUGAAGAGGAGGCGCAUCCUUGAAGAUGAUUCCAUUACCAAAUAAAAUAGCAGCUUUCUUUUUUUUUAUUCUUUUGCUCUUUAAGGGUUUAGGUCUGAGGAUUUUGAACAAGCGAGGACAAGCUCUUCCUGGCCUUUUUCAGCAACCAGCGCGCAAGACACCAGAGAGGAGCGCGACAAAUCUAGUUGCCCUGGGUCGAGCACACACUCUCUUUGCAGGGUGUGUGUUGCUGAUCUCGUUUUUACAUGAUGGACACUAUACACAGGGAAGAAGCAGACUGUUCUCUGGGCCAUUGCGUCAGUGGAUCGUGGGAGACUUGUUGCAGUUUUCAAAGAAAAACAACUCUGCUGCUAGUCAAGCAUGAGAAGCCAGAAGCAAUGCGCUUCAGUUUCUAUUUUGAUAGGUAUGUAAUACAGGUGGGGGGUGUGGACCUAUCGGUCAAACAAGCACACUACUCGGUAUAAAAUUAGCAAUUCAUAACGAUGCAACAAAUGAUGAGAGCGAUCAAGGACCUAAUAAAGUGAUGACGUUCUACACCAAGAAUGACAACACUAAAAACACGAACCACGAACAUCAGGCCCCUGAUUAUCCUAGUGAUUAGCCUCGCAGUAAUUAUGUCUUGAGCUACCCUGAUAGGGUGGAUUUAUACUCCACAGCACCGGUGUUCAGAGCACGGGACCACAUAGGUUAUCAGCCUCUGACUCACUUUAAAAGUUUACUAGUACUAGAAUUCAGUCGCGUAGAACUAGAAUUGUUUUGGUUUUAUCGAUUUACCGUAGGGGUAAUUUGUUUACACGAGUUAAAACUUAAAAACUUGCACAGGUUUUAGUAGAAGACAAUUUUUAAUUUUAAACCAACAAGCCAAAAAUCAAAAAUGGCGACCACAGCUCCAACGUCGAAGCCGCUGGAGAUGAAGCUGAGCAAGCUUACCCACGUUCUCGGGAAAGGAUGAAGAUUAUGCAGAUUAUCGCUUCCAGCUACGCGCCUACCUGGGUGGCCUUGAUCUUUUGAAACCGCUGGACGGACCGGCAUCGGCGGAGCAAUCGCUGAAAAUUUUUACGGUUCUGGCGAACGGGGUCAAGGGCCAAGGGAUCAAGGAGAUCCGCGGGGCGAAAGAAGGAGACGGGGAACACGCCUGGCAGCUGCUGGAGACGCGUUUUAACGCGAAAACCGGGGCACGAAAGUGCAGCCUGGUGCGGGAGUUGUUGACGUCCAAGCCGGAAAACAAUUCCCCGGGCGCGGUUGAGUCGUGGAUCAAUCGCAAAAUCGAAUUGGUGCUGCUGCUUGCCAACAUGUCCGUGACUCUCGAAGAGCUUGCGGGCUAUGCGGUGGUCGAUUUUUUGCCGAACGAACUCAAGUCGGUGGCAGAUGUUUUGACGCAUACCGACAUGAAAAUUGCCAACGUCAAGCCCAUCGCGAUUGAAAAAGCGCACGCGGUCAAGCGGGCGAAGCAGCAACCGGCGGCAGCGCUGAUCACGAAGGAGAAAGGCGACAAGGGGAAAGGCAAACACGGCAAAGGAUACUGGUGGAAGCAGGGCGGUUGGGCGAAAAAUAACGACUGGGAUACGAAGCAGAACAAAAAUUCCGGGUGCUAUGUCUGUGGUUCGGAAUCGCACUACGCUCGGGAUUGCCCGAAGAAAGCUAGCAAGGGGGCCAAGGGUAAGGACGACGCCAAAAACGGAAAAGGCGGGAACAACAACAACAGGGCCUACCUUGUUGUGGAAGAUUUGUGACUGUCUCAAGAUCAAGAUGAAGUUUUAGAAAGUCGAAAUCCCGAUGGUAUGAUGAAGAGUAGUGCGAGAUUUGUCGUUGAUUCCGCUGCGGAGAAGAACAUAACCACCACUACGGCGGGGGUUUUGGUUGAAAGUUUUACGAACGAAAAACAGGGAAUCGAAGGCGUCGAUGGCAGUGUGGUGAAAGCAGAAAAAGUUUAUCUGAAAGAAAAUUUCAUGGGUUUGAAAAACGCACUACAUUCCGAAGAACUGACCCACAACCUGCUGAGCAUUUCGGAGCAGAUUGGCGAGGGGUGCAGAUUUGUUUUUGGACCGGACGGCUGUUACGCAGUUAGCCCGGGCGGGGAAAGAUACGAGCUGGAGAGGCGUGGAGGCCUAUUCACGAUGGAAAUCCAAGAGAAAGACAAGCGCGCGCAGGCGUUUAAAGUUUCGGAGCAGCGAAACCACGAGCGGCGGGGGCAUUUUCACAACAAAGCCGGACGGGUGAAAUUUUGCCACGCUUGUGCAGCACAGAAGGGGAAACGCAAACCGGUCAAGCAGAAACGGCCGGAAAAGUAUGCGGCUACGAAGUUCGGCGAGCUGGUGGCGGGCGAUUUAGUCGGGCCGCUUCCGGAGUCGCACAACGAGCACAGAUACUUCCUGACCUUGGUGGACGAUGCUACGGGGUGGCUUGAGGUCUAUCCCAUAAAAAGCAAAACGGCGGACGAAGUUGCGACAGGGCUCGCGACUUGGAGAAGACUCAAUGGGCAUUUCAAAACUUUCAGGUCCGACAAUGGCCUCGAGUUUUGUAAUGACUUCCUGCGUUCUCUGUUUUUGAAGUGGGGAACGACGCACACCAGGGCGGCACCAUACUCACCGAACCAAAACGGAAAAUGCGAACGCUUCAACCAAACGGCGACGGAGUGCGCGCGGGCACUCUUGCACAACGUCGACCAGAAACUUUUGGCCGGCGGCGGUCAAGUGCGCGGCGUAUCUGUACAACAGGGCAGAACGCAGACGGGAACGGGCGCCGUACUACCUUCGGUGGAAACGAAGCCCGACCUACGGACACUUGAAAAAGUUUGGAUGCGUAGCAUAUGCCAGGACUCCGGUGCGGAAUAAGAUGGAUGCCAAGUUUUUGAAGGGUGUUUUUGUUGGAUAUUCUGAAGAUUCACCGGCGUACCGGGUUGCCGUUGUCGCGAAGGACAAGCGGGGCCGCAAGUCGAUUGCGGUAAUCACAUCGAGAGAUGUGAAAUUCAACGAGGGCGAACUCGUUGGAAACUUGGUAGCUGGGUCGGUUUUCACAAACGAGGAGUCAGUUUUGGAGGGGUUUGGAGGAAAGGAAGAAGACAAUGUCCAACAGGUCAAGCACGUGGAGACAGCGUUCUUCCAUCCAGUCAACGCGAUGGAAGUUGAGGGAGAAGAUGCGGAAUGCGCGGAGCCACGACCGGAGAGCGAAAUCGUCGACGAAGAGGACGAUCUAUUUGCAGACGACAGGCCGCAAACACGGGCGGACGACGAAAAGCAGUCCGCAGCCAUUGAAGGAAUUCAGUGGGCAGAAGCAGAAAAGCAGGAGGAGAGAGAAGCAAAACGCCAGAAAACGGGACAGGGCGAAACCCUGCCGGACCUCGACGACGGGGACGAAUUCGGUGGGUUCCAGGUUCCAGAACUCGGGGGGGUGCCAGCUGUUCAGCAACAGCAGGAACAGCAGCAACAGCCUGCUCCGAUGGACGUCGAUUUUGAAAAAUCGAGCGACGAAGAAAUGGCGGAAACAGAGGAAGAAGAGGAGGAGGAAGAACUUGACGAGCGAGAAGUGCGGCGGCUACGGCGGCACAAGGCUCGGGACAAGUUUCUUCAAGAAGAAGCCAAGAAAAAGGGGAAGAAGAAACAGCGGCGGCAGCAGGUAGACAAAACUUUCGGAGCAAAACGCGCGAAAGCUUUUGUUACGGUGGUACCGAAAAAGGAAGCGCUCAAGGGUCCGGAACAAGAAACGUGGCGGGCCGCGAUGAACGCAGAGAAAUCCGGUCUGGAAAAGUUGGAUGGCUGGGAAGUGGUUCAACCGGGAACGAUUCCGAAGGGCGCAAAAAUCCUACCCAUGUUCAACAUUUUCGAGUUGAAAAAGGACGGACGACGCAAAUGCCGACUAGUAUGCUGCGGAAACCAUCAAGAAUUGGAUCUGCAGUCGGUAUUUAGCCCGGCGGUGAGUCAAACCACGCUUCGGCUUUUGGCUAUGCGGAUGGCGAAAGGCGAUGACAGCUGCGGGCUGGACAUCGCUCAAGCUUUUCCCAAUGCGCCGCUGGACGAAGGUGAAGAAAUCUACUGCAAGCUACCGGAGGAGAUGGGCGGCGAUCUGAUUAAACUCAGAAAGGCUCUCUACGGGCUUCGCGUAUCUCCAAGGCGGUGGAGUUCUCACUUCGCAAGGGAACUAGAAAAAAUGGGAUGGAUACGAUCGGAAUCAGAUGCGGGGAUUGUUUUGGAAAGAGUGCGAAGACGGCGAGAAGAUUUUUAUAUCUGUAUACGUCGACGACGGCCUAUUAGUGGGCAAAACGCACCUGAUUCAGACUGAACGAGAAAAAAUUCUGCAACGCUUCAAGGGGCGGAAGAUCGAUCCAGUUCGAUUGGACGAUGGGACUAUGGUCAUGGAGUAUCUUGGAUUCAAAAUCUAUCGUCUUCCUACCGGGGCGAUUCAGAUCGGUUUGGACUACAAUAAGAUGCUGAAAAAGUUCGACUUCUUACCGGGAGCACGCAGGCACACCGAUCAAGAAAUCCUUGACGCAAACAGGGUCGAAAAGUGCAGACUUGAAGUCUUAUCGAUCUUUGGUCGGGAACUUGGCAUGGCUGCAGAACGCGCGACCCGAAAUCGCCUACGCAGUAAAAGAAGUAUCCCGAUACAUGUCAGCACCGAGCGAAGAAGCAGAAGAAGCGGCGAGGCAUCUUGGUUCUUAUCUUUCAUCGACAGAAGAUCACCGACUCACCUUUUUAGACACAGACUGGAGCACCUUGGUCAUGCAUACGGACUCGGAUUUUGCAAGCGAAAUUCCGGGGCGGAAAAGCACGACGGGCGUCAUGAUCAGCAUGGGCUCAAGUCACCUCAAGUGGACCAGCGCUACACAGAAACUAGUGGCGACCAGUACGUGUGAGGCCGAGCAUCUUGCUCUCUUCCAAGGGCUGAAAGAGCUAACUUGGAUGAAGAAGCUGGCGAGAGAAGUUUUAGGAGUUGAUCCUCAGGUCGAGAUUAGGUGUGACAACGUUGCAACCAUCCAGCUAACGCAGGAAAGUACAGCAACGGGACGCACUAAGCAUUUCGAUGUCAAGAUGUGUUACGUGGAAGAAACUCUAGAUAGGCACGGCGCUACCGUGCAGUACGUGCAUACGAACGAAAACCGCUCCGAUUUUCUAACGAAAGCACUAGGACCGACUAAGUUCAAGGAAGUUAUAUCUUUUCUUUAUCGGCAGUAGCAUGCGAGUUUUGUAGAUUUUAUUUGAGGUAGAAAAAUUGCUGAUCGUGGACAAGCAUCGAGAAUUGCAAAAAGAAGAUCUAUGCACUAUCGAAAAACAGCAAGACAGACAAGAUCUAUUUAUACACUGGAUGUGGCAUUUGUAAUGCAGAUUUCUUACUUUUUACAGAAUUCACAAUGAAAGUUCUGUGAUAUCUAUCGAAACAGCACUACAGUACAACGAAGAACUCUCUAAACAGCCUUACGAAUGAGAAGUAAACUACCAUGCAACUUUUUACAAAAAGACGCUCGAAAUCGGGUAUACCACCGGCCGAGCAAAAGAUCUAGAUGUAAAAAUUUUAUCAAAAGAUCAUAGAGAAGCUUACUCUUGCCGGCGGUAGUAGUAGUAGAUUAGAUUUUGCAAAAACUAAUCUAGGGGGGGUAGUGUGGACCUAUCGGUCAAACAAGCACACUACUCGGUAUAAAAUUAGCAACUCAGAACGAUGCAGCAAAUGAUGAGAGCGAUCAAGGACCUAAUAAAGUGAUGACGUUCUACACCAAGAAUGACAACACUAAAAACACGAACCACGAACAUCAGGCCCCUGAUUAUCCUAGUGAUUAGCCUCGCAGUAAUUAUGUCUUGAGCUACCCUGAUCGGGUGAAUUUAUACUCCGCAGCGCCGGCGUUCAGAGCACGGGACCACAGGGGGAGGUCGCAAUCUGUUUCAAAGCUGCCUUGUGUGAAAAAUAGACCCAGGGUAAAAGGAUAGUAGUAUCAAAUGAAAAGCAGUAACUGCACAAAGUUACUGCUUUUUUCCAUAAGUAUAGGCCGGCCAAGGUGCAGCAGCAAGCGGACGGGAAAAAGGUGGUGAAGUGAGUAUGCUCUGCACUUGCCGGGAAGACCGCCGAGACGCUUUGCGUGGGAAGCUUUUUGUCGUGAGUUGCUUAAGUGCAACGGCUUCGCGUCGAGGCACAUGGCUUCAGUUUUAUAUGUACGGCUUGGGCAUCAACCCCGGGAGGAUCGUUUUGUAUGGUAGAGGAAUCGGUCUAAGGAAAGGGAGCUUGUUGUUGGAGGUGUGAUCAUCAAGCGUUUGGCAAGUAGAUUCAGAACAAGACAGACCUUGCGUUCCCUUCAUCCAGUGAGGCCUGACCAGGAAGGGGAGCGCGCGGGGCCCGGACAGGGCGCGGGAGGUGCUGCGCCUCUGGUCUGAAUCUGCUUGGCACACUGUGAUGCCUUGCACUUUUAUCCGCGUACCAGCCUAAUUCUUAUCCCCCUAGCUGGCGCAUCCAACAGCGAGACCCUGAGCAGAACCAUUUUGCGAAUGAGUAAGAUUUUUUUUCUAGUAGUCAGGAAAGUGGACCAUUGUCAGGAAAGCAAUGCGAGUCCGAUUCUCUUGUUGCUGCUAUGUAUGCUUUGUAUGUUUCCUGCCAGCUUGUAGUCGUCAUGAAGCACUUCGUUUUGCCGCUCUUCGUUUGUUUCGUCCAAGGAGCUAGAUCGCAAAUUCGUGCGCUCCUUCGCCUUCGAAAAGUUAGAUCUUCCCUGUGCCCGGUGUUGUCCCAAGUAGAUUUAGAUCUCUACCCUUUUACAGUCUUGCGGUCUUCGCCCUUAGUCUUACUUGCCCCAUGUCUUGUAGCGCUAGACGUUCCGCGGACCCCGCGUCCUCGCAGGGGCUUCUCAUUUUUUUCCGCCUAGCCAGCGGGUUGUUGCUUGGGGGGGGUAAUAGCUUUGCAUGAGAACUUUCUAUGCAUGCUUUAUUCCGUUUCCGGCUUUGCAUGAAAAAAAUUUAUUGGUUUUACUACAGCACCCUGCAGACUAUCUGCUUUGACUGCGUAGAAGCAACCGGUGUAGUUUUUCCUAGCGCACUAGUUUCGCCCGCUGCUACCGGGUCAGUAGUUAGAAAAAUUCAGGUUGCGCGGUCUCUAAAUGGUCCGCGGGGGUGGCUUAAGUUUUGACUGGGUGACUUGUUAGCUCUAGAAAAAGUUCGCUUUUGUAUUUGCGAAAGCAAAAACUUUGCAUGGCAAUAAAUUCAGGCUCAGCUCAGCCGGUGUAGAUAGUAUCCCCCCGCACUGCUAUGCCCCCAAACACAUCUUUCCGGACGCUGCAAGGUGAAGAGAUGUGGCGUGUGCCGCUGCUACCGGCUCGACACGUAAAGGAAAACGAAUCCGCGCGCUCGGCUUGGUAGCUACCCCCAUGCCGUUCGGGUUUUAGCUGCCACUGGCGUCAUUGAUCGGCGUUGCCAAUAUCCCCAUCCCGAUGAUUUCCAUCUCUACGUUUGUGUAUGGUGCGUAGGAGCUUGCUCCUUUUUUGUGCCGCGGUGUCGGAGGUUUUGCAGCAUGCACGCACAAACAGUAUUCUUGGAAGCGGAGGGGGGGCGCGGGACCCCCAUCAAGUCGCCGCGGCGCGAAGCCGCAAAUCCUUGGGCCACGUCUACCACCAGAAGUAUUCCGCCCGGGGGCCGCUCCUUGAACCACCAGAAGUAUUCCGCCCGGGGGCCGCUCCAUGAACCUUGAGCCCCGCACUGCUAUCCCCAUUCCACAUUGUUCCGGAGGCUGCGAGAUGGAACCAUGUGGCGUGUGCCGCUGCUACCGGCUCGACACGAAAAAACGAAUCCGCGCGCUCGGCGCGGUAGAUACCCCCCCGCCGUUCGGGUUUUAGCUGCCACUGGCGUCAUAAAUUGCGUUCUACAAUCUCCUCCUGAUGAUUUUCAUUUGUUCUUUUUGUGUAUGGUGCGUGAGAGCUUGCACUCAUUUUGGCCACGUUGUGGUAGUUUUGCAGCAUGCACGCACAAACGGGAUUCUUGAAAGCGGAGGGUGGGGGGCGAGACCCCCAUUUAGUCGCCGCGGCGCGAAGCCGCAAAUCUCGCGCUCACGUCCACCAUCAGAAGUGUUCCAGCACGGGGCCGCUCCAUGAAUUGAAUUGAGUCCACCGCCAAGUAGUCGGUUUGAGCGGUUUCACGGCGUCAGCGACCGUUUUCCGGCCUAUCGGCCUGCUUCCGAACCUGCUCACUCUCCGCCACCCAAGGUCGACAUUUGCGGUUAUCCCGACGUUGCUGCAGACCCGAUAGCUACCGAUAGCUCCGACGUGUCGAAUUCACAUGGCCACCGGUGAAAGCUUCCCGCUCGUCCUCAACCCGCUGCUGCGGCGCCCUGUCCCUGGUCCUCUACUUACCCCCCGCAGCUCCAUCUCGAACUUGCUGAUGCCGUUUUCCGGAAAAGACUAGUUUAUGGUGCUGGUGGUCAAAAACCUCGUUCUCCACCUGCUGCUUCGCGAAGCGCCAUGGAUGCAAAGGGGAAUUUUCCCACAUUCCGCUUUGCGCAUGGUACGCACGGGAAGCAGCACAUACGGGGGACAAGGGGCGCGACUGCCAGCGCCCGCGGACCGGGGCGGGGUUCAACGGCCCCAGCUUUCCCGCUGCUGCACUACCCGGGCCAGAUCACACGACCUUCCUGUACUUCGGCUACCUCAAGUUCCCACUCGUCCGGCGGACUGUGCCUGUACUUCGCGGCCGUUUUGAGUGGUGUUUUUACGCUCCGCCCUACUCGACUCCCCGUAUGCGGUCGGACACCUCCAGCUUGCUGUGCGCCACGUGGCGAGCCGGUUCCAACUACAAGUCGUCCGCCGACACGGGGCAGAACUUCGAUUAUCACUGACGGCGGGGCAGAUAGAACUACUUCAUCACUUCCACCGGAGGGCUCAACGGUCCCGCCCCUUCCCCCCUCGUUCGUUCGUAGUACUUCGUUGUAAAAAAUUAAAAGUAGUGCUUUGUCGUAAGCGAAUAGAGUACUUCUACAACCGUUUUACCAGCCGCAGGUUUGCAUCUGCGGCUACUGCUACUCUGCAAACGCCCGGUGUAUUUUUCAAAAAAAAACAUGAUCUGCCUCGCUGCUACCGGGGUUAGGACGUACCUCAUUCAGGGCGGGCGGUAGCUAAAUGCAGACCUGUGCGGGCUUAUGUUUUCUGAAGCGCGCACACAGUCACUAGCGUAACGCAGUAGCUUAAUCAUUUCUGACCGUUUUACGAACUUCGUCAAAAAAUCCGGGGCUGCUUCCUCCCGCAGUAAAUAGAAGGGUUUAGGUGUUUAGGGUUUUCCGAUUCAGAAAAAAAAGUUCUUCGUCAUCGUGGAAAAAACUGGAUCGGACGUGUGCCGCUGCUACCGGCUCGACACGUAGAAAACGAAUUUCGCGCGUUGUGCGGGAGUAGCUACCCCUCCCCUGCUUCGGGUUGUAGUUGCCACGGGCGUCAUUGAUUGCGGUCGACAAUAUCCUUUCCCGAUGAUUUCCAUCUCUACGUUUGUGUAUGGUGAAUAGGAGCUUGCUCCUUGUUGUGCCGCGGUGUCGGAGGUUUUGCAGCAUUCACGCACAAACAGUAUUUUUGGAAGCGGAGGGGGGGUGCGGGACCCCCAUCAAGUCGUCGCGGCGCGAAGCCGCAAAUCCCUGGUUUUCGUUCACCAUCAGAAGUGUUCAACCGGCGGGGCGCUCCACUGAAACUGAAACUGAGUCCAGUCCUCCCUUGGCAAAAAAAAAAAAAAAAAAUUUAGCCUGACAAGUUCUGAUCUUCCAGACCCAGACAUUUUCGCAUUUGAUACGGAGCUGGCGAAGACUAAGACCAAGCACGACGAGGAGCUGCGGUUGUUGCAGAGCGAGUUGGUGUAUCAACUGUAAAAAUGUCUGGGUCUGGAAGAAUCCAACUUGUCAUGCUGAUUUUGGAUUCUAAAAAAAUCUGUAUUGCAUGAGCAGCAAAGAGAGUCCAAGUUUUGCUACACGGAAAGAGCGUUUGCCAUGCGGUAUAGGCAUCAGGAAGCCGUCACAAAAUCUGUGAUGCUAGGGCAUGCAUCACAGACAUCAGGAGUCAUGCAAAAUGUGCAUGACAAACCGAAACCUGGCAAUCUUCCAGACCCAGACACUUUUACAUUUGAUAUGGUGAUGCUGGGCAAGCGCCAGCAGGAGGCGGCGCAGGAAGCGGAAAAGGGCCGCAAGACUGCGAACCAGGCCGAAGUCGAGCAGUACAAGGCCGUGAUCGCGCAGCAGGCCAAGCAGAUAGAAGGUUUGGAGAAAGGUUUCGCGCUGUCCCACGAAAAGCUGAAGUCGGAGCUCGAAGCCAAGUUUCUGCGCCAGGACGCCGAGGUUCGGCACCAGAUCGCGAGCUCGGUCGAAACCGUAUCUUCCGGUGUUUUCAGCCUCAGGGAGGAGCAAAAGGAGGCGAAGCGACUGUUCGAGGAACACGUGCAGACCGUGCUAGCCGAGAAGCUGGAGGAGAAGAGCAACAGCGUACGUAACAAACCAGUCGAUGCCGCGGGGUUGUCCGAGCGACAGCGGGAGCACGUCCUGCAGUUGGUGAAGGAACUCAAGCUGGAAGAAGUGCUGGAACGGAAAAUUCACAGCGAACUGGAUCUGUUGCAGGAGUCGGUCGAGUAUCAAAUGUAAAAAUGUCUGGGUCUGUAAACUUGUCAUGCUAAAUCUGAAGCAUGCAAAAAUCUCUGUUGCAUGAUUACCAAAAGUCGUCCAGUUUUGACCAAGUCGGGAGGGAGAUUCUCAUGCAGGAUAGGCAUGAGAGAGAUCGCACAGAAUCUGUCAUGCUAGGUCCUGCAUUCCAGACCUCAUGGGUCAUGGAAAAGCUGCAUGACAAGUCGCGCACUCUUCCAGACCCAGACACUUGCAUUUGAUAUCGAGUUGGAGGCCAGCAUGCAGAAAAAUCGCGUCGAUGCGCUGGAGCGGCUGGUGCGAAACAGGAAAUCCUCUGCAAGCGGCACUGCAUCAACAUCAUCCUCGAAUAAAGCGCUGCUGGGAGCUGCAGCUCCAGGUGAUAAUCAAGAGCAGGAAUUUUUGUCUGAGCCCGACCGGCAGCUCGCGCUUGUCAGCAGGAGCGCCGCAACUGCAGCGAACGGGGGCAACUCCACCGUGCAGGAUGCAAAGGCGCUGUUGGAAAGCACGCUGGCCGUGCGGGAGGCAAAAGUGGCUCUGCAAAACGAAGGGGCAAGAAUAAACACGAAGCUGCUGCAAUUCGACGAGAAAGAGGCGAGACUGCGGAAGGAAGUAGAGUCCCUGCGAGCGGAGUUUCAACGGGUACAUUUGAUGUUUUUUACUAUCCGCAAUGCUGCGACGGUGUUUUGCGUUUGCCUGCUGCACUGCUGACGAGAAAAUCAACACUGCAUCGAUCGGUACUUCUAUAUUCGUUUGACGAUAUCGUGGUCUGGUCACCGAAGACAAAAUGAAAAUUUAUGAUAAAACGUUCUUCAUCAUCAUCUUCAGCUCCAAUCCGGGUCGGACCAGAUGAGUCGCACAGUGGCGGAGUUGCAGCGCCUUGGCGAAACGAGGAUCAAAGACUUGCAAACCAAAGUGCAGCAAGCUGUGACCCCGCGGUACCCGGGGAUGCCGCCUCCCGGGCCCGCAGGCGGAGUGAAUAGUUCGACGUCGCAACAAACUACAAGCCAGGUGGCACAGCAAGCACCCGCCGCGAGCGGGACGACCGCGGCCGUGAACCAAACGCAAACACAAACGCAGCAGAUCGUAGCUGCCGCGGGGGAUCCGCUGAGCAACACGGCAGCCGGCAAUCGGCAAAUCACCAUGCAGCAGACGACGACCUACAGCACGAAUUACAACGUCGGGGCCGCACCAGUUGUGGGCUACACCCCAGCAGGGCACUUAGUACCCACACUGCACCAGCCCUUUCUCGUCCGCCCGCCCGCCUAUCGUACAGAAAACGCAGCUAGCAUCAUGUCAUGUGUAGUGUAAAAUUUUGCAUGCGAACAGCCAGUUCAUUCUCAUUGUUUCCGGUUCUCAGUAUGGCGGGGAUUCAUUUUUAGAAAGAGCGUCCUCCCACGAAAUUAUUUUUGUCUUGCAGUGCUUGCUUCCAUGUGUGUCCAUCGUACUUACGUGCAAUUGAUGAUAAGUAAGUAUGUUGGUGUUCAUCUUCAGCUUGACGCUGUGCUAUUUCUUUUCUCUACGAUACUCCGGGAGCGCAACCGGCGACUACAGUUUCUGACGCGGAUUACCUGCAGGCCCUGUACCGAAACCUGGAACUGCAGACGCCGCAGGUCCCGCAACUCCAGCUCCUGCUUGGGGACGUGGAGCAGAAACAGGACUACGCGAAUGAUCUGAAUGUCCAAACAACAAACUACAACAGCAGGAGCCCAGGCACUACUACCAGUGCGGUGCUUGGUUAUUUGAAUAAAGGGGAGGGACUUCAGGAAUCGAAUUUGGAAAGAAAACCAGCGGGUGUAGUUUUGCCGAAUGCAACUACGACUAAGACCAACUACGACUACGAAGUAGUAAACCAGAAUCCGUACGUGAUGAAUACGACACAGACUGCGUUGCAGCCGGUCCGCGGUCCACAGUCGUACUUGCAGCAGACCCCGGGUGGCGCAGACGACACCGGCGGCUGCGGAGUGCAGUGAAAGGUUGCGGCUUAUCAGGAUGCAGGCCGACUUUUGCAUUUUUAGAAGAAUUUGUGGCUCAUCUUCGGUGGACGGGGCAAAAGAUAGAAAAACUACAUCGACUUCGAGUGCACCAAGCACUGAAUCCAUUGUCGCGUCGUCGCGUUUUUUCGUUUCACUUUCAACACAUUGCGUCUAAACUUAGUUUGUUUCAUCGUUGUCCUUCAACUUUGAAUGACGACUUCGCUAAUUGUUCUAGUGCUAGGCCUGUAAAAUUUUCCUGGUUUCACAUUUCCACUCGUAGCGCGGCUGCAACAUGCGAUCUGGUGGUAUUCAUACACUGCUAGUUCGUUGUCUGUCGCCCAUGACAGACGAAAGAUGCAAUCGAUACGGGCGCAUCUAGCAGGAAGAUAUUCGAAAUGUACAGAAACGUUGUAGCGAAAUUCAUCGUGGUGCCAUCCUCAUAUAGAUACUUACCGCAACU